AUGUUGUCUUAUCUCUCCAAGAAGAUCGCCGUUCCGCACAAUCUUGCGGUCGAGGUCGUCUCAUGGAACGCGGGACAAGGAUGGUUAGCUAUUGGCGGAGAGAAUGGUUUCCUGAAGGUUCUGAAACUUGAUGGCAGCACCACUGAUGAUUCUUCAUCCAAUAACAACAAUGACUUUUCUUCGACUCAGACGCUAGAGGGACAUCAGCACUCAAUACGAGUAAUUGUGUGGAAUGAAAAUUUCCGGAAGCUGACGACGUCCGAUGCAAAAGGUCUGAUCAUCGUGUGGUCCAUGAAUCAAGGAGCAUGGUUUGAAGAAAUGGUGAACAAUCGCAAUCGAUCAGUCGUCACGGAUAUGAGAUGGAGCAAAGAUGGUCAAAGGAUAUGCAUCGUAUACGAAGAUGGUGCGGUCAUAGUAGGAACUGUGGACGGCCAGCGUCUAUGGGGUAAAGAGAUUGAUAAAAAACUUUCGCAAGUUGAGUGGCUGCCCGACUGCAAGGGUCUCAUCUUCGGUACAUUCGACGGUGAAAUCCAGAUAUAUGACUCAGAAGGGAUAUUCUCUCAUAGGGUUCACGCUGCUUGCCUCGAUUCAAACCAAGCUCCGCGCAUUCAACCAUCCAAGCAAGUGGCACCACCGAACAUCGGAAUCGCCUCAAUAGAAUGGUGGGGAUCUUCGGAUGUCACUGAGAAACACGCGGCGCUGGCAGCGGCAGAGUCAGCUGCGAGAAUGAUUGGCGAGCGCCAUCUUGUCUCUUGCGCUCCGAAUCUAUGUAUUGCUUUCCGCAAUGGCAAAGCACAGUUAAUGCGUGGAAUUCAAGAUGAUCAACCCAUUUUACUUGAUACUGGCAUCAAUAUCUUGGGAGCUGAGUGGUCUCCUUCGGGGCAUACUAUCGCUAUUGCAGGGAUCUCGGUGAGUCCUCGCCUCGGUCCAUCUUCUUACGCUACGAUGUCUGCCACUUUUGCCUCCCAUCACCUGUUUUGCACGGAAUGCUCGUUCAAUGGAUUAAGAUCGCUUUCUUGGGAAGGAUCGGGCGCUCGUAUAGCACUCGCUGUCGACUCCUACAUUUACCUCUCCACUAUCAACAACUUCUUAGACCUUCUCGCGAUAAUGGAGAAAUCUCGUAUGUACAUUUUGAGAUCGAUGAAGCCAGAAGAGCCGGUGACUAGUGAAGCAUACAUCUAUGAAUUUAGUGACUUGCAGAUUAAAGGAAUCGUUCUGGACAAUCUACUUCGACCGAUGCAUUCUAGCUCAACUUCGCAGAAGCCCGUGGAUCGAAUCAAGGAUGUGGUUGAGGGUUCAGAUGCGUUCGCAGGGACAGUUCCUGGGAAUUGGCAAAACCACCUUGUCAUUUGUGACACCAAGACGCUGCGCGACACCAGAGACAUGCUGUCGAAGCUUUCCAACAUGAAGGACGCCUUCAGUUAUGUGGAGGCGAACCCUCACAAGAGGCUAUGGCGUCUCCUCGCAGAAUCGGCACUUGAGAAGUCGGAUGUAAGUGUCGCCGAGAAGGCAUUUGUUAAGCUCUCUUCCUACUCCGAAAUUCGACUUUGUCGUAGGCUGGAGGACUUGGAUGGCAGCGUAAAGCGUCUUGCUGAGAUCUCUGCCGUAUAUUUCCGGAGCUUCGACAACGCUGAGGCUCUGUACUUGGAAAUUGACCGUCACGACCUCGCAGUUGAUCUCAGACUGAAACUGGGAGACUGGUUUCGGGUGGUCCAACUACUCCAGCCUGAUGAUACUUCUCGAGUUGGCUAUCCGGAAGAUGGCAACUCGACAAGGAAGCCUGGGUCUUCCCCGAGAUUCGGCAGCCAGAAAAACCUUCUCAAGCAAGCAUAUGUGGAAUGCGGCAACUACUAUGCGAAAAGGGGGAGAUGGAAUCUCGCUGCUCAGAUUAUGGGCAAACACACUUCGAUGUGGUCUCUACACAGAUACACGGCAUUAGAAGACUUUGAUUCGCUCUAUCAGACAAUCUCCCAUGAAACUGAUAGCGCUAUUCAUUUACGACGGGAUGUAGCACGAGCACUUUUGAGCAUCGGGCACGUCGAGCGAGCUGUGAAUCUUCUUGUCGGGCUUGGAGAUAUACCAACAGCAGUAGAAGAAUGUAUCAUCUCGAAUCAUUGGUCUAAGGCGCUUGAGCUUGCCGCGGAUCACAAACUUCUCGAGGUUGACAAGCUGUUGGGGAAAUACGCGGUGCAUUUCGUUGAAAACCAUCAGAUCUUCUCCGCUGUGGAACUCUACCACAGAGCUGGUAAACAUGUCGAGGCAGCGCAGUUGUUGGGCCCUUAUGAAGUUGGAAGGAGCAGAGGACAUAUCGCCCCAUCGAAAGGGUCGAUACUCGGAGCUGGCUUCUGCAAUCUUCACGAAAUAUCCACCGAGAGAUCCUCCUAUGGCUGCGACAUUAAAAUGUCCUCACUCGGGGUGUUCGGCCAACAAUCUGCACGAGUUCUUGCGCGGUUUGCCACCAACCUACCUCAUGGUGUGUCGCUACGGGUGAACCAAUUUUCUCGGA